GUGUCUGCUCCGUUCCACAGGAAGUUCAUAUUUUCCUGCAGCAGCUGACCGUCGGACCGCUAACAGCUCCGUCCGCUGGAAUAUCGAUUACCGGUCAGAUAUCGAUACAUAAACAAAGAGCGGCGUCACCGUGACGAAGGCGUCGAAAUACGAGACACACAGAGAAGGGCGGUAAGGACAGGGUUGGAGUCUUGCCUCCUGCCUGUUUUGGACGUAACAUAAGAGAGUGAUAUCCCAGAAGCCCCUGUCCCCAGAGCUCGGAGGAGGCCCAGCCCCCUGCCGUCUCCCGCUUGGGUCAGUAUGAGCUCAAGAGGGACCGGAGGCCGCACCAAUGGCGCGCUGCCACAGACCAAGAUCUGCCAGUUCAAGCUGGUGCUCCUGGGAGACAUGGCUGUGGGCAAGUCCAGCCUGGUUCUGCGCUUUGUCAAGGGACAGUUUGAUGAGUUCCUAGAGACGACCAUUGGAGCGGCCUUCCUGGCCCAGUCGGUGUGUUUAGACGAUACCACAGUCAAGUUUGAGAUCUGGGACACUGCAGGACAGGAGCGGUACCACAGCCUGGCUCCCAUGUACUACCGUGGGGCUCAGGCUGCCAUCGUGGUCUUUGAUAUCACCAAACCGGAGACGUUUGAGCGAGCCAAAGCCUGGGUGAAGGAGCUGCAGCGUCAGGCCAGUCCCAACAUCGUUAUCGGCCUGGCUGGGAACAAGGCUGACCUGGCAGAGAAGAGAUUAGUGGAGUACGAGGAAGCCCAGACAUAUGCUGAAGACACUGGUUUGCUCUUCAUGGAGACAUCUGCCAAGACGGCCAUGAACGUCAACGAACUCUUCCUGGCCAUCGCAAAAAAGAUGCCAAAAACAGACACCCAGAACCAAACACACACGGCACAACAUCGUGGAGUCAACCUCCAGGAUCCGGACGCCCACGCGAGCCGAGCCUGCUGUGGUGGGAACUAGACCUCCAGACCCCACGUCAGUAUUCUACCAUCCACAUUCCCAGAACCGUUCAUCCGCCAACACCUGGGGCGGUGCAAAGAAGCCUAUCCUAGCCCCGCCCCUCCCCCAUCCCUGACAAGAACCACCGCCAGACACCCAAAACAUGGUCAAGAGCAGCAGACUGAGCCGAGGAGCGUGUGAUGAUCUCCAGGAGCUGAUGAUUGUGUGUUGAACUUGUGUUGUUCAUGUUUGAAGCUCAGAUGUGUGUGUUGUUUUUUUUUUUUUUCCAGUCUUGCGUAGUUUUGUUUGCAGCCUGUUUGACUGUAAUGAUGCAGAAAAGAAGCCGUGCGUGCAUGAGACGGAAAACAAAGAGUUGCUGGGUUCCAUGUAUUUACAGACACUGACUCGUCACGGGACCAGAACCUGGACGGCGAACCGGACCACAGCUGGUCUGCUGUUACAGAGAAACACUGAAUCCUGUUCCGCUUCCUGCUGUUGUCCAGUGAUUGGUCAAUUCUGAAAAUACCCACAAUGCAUCAAAAUGCCGUUUCCACUGCACAGGGUUCAACCUGCACCGGCGAUCGAUGGCGGCAUGAUGAUUAACAUUUCAUGUCAGAAAUAAAACUAAGGAGCGGCUGCUGUUCAGAUACGACAACAGAAGCUGAACACAGGCGGAAAGUGCUAAUCUGUACACUGCAAUUACUUUAACCUUUGACCUUACCCAGCAGCUGUUCACCCACUUUGGAGGUUUCGGUUCCUUUGAUGUGGGUUCAUAAAGUCACGAUUCUACCUAAAGAAA